GCCCGGGAAUUCCCUCCUCCUGAAGUAACGAGUCCGGGCCGGCUGUGCCGUCGCCGCUGCUGCCGGGCGCCCCGGGACGAGGAGGUGGAGGAGGGAGAGGGCCCGCGGGCCUCGCCUCCGCCCGCCGCCCCCUCCCCGCCAGCCCGAGCUGCUGCAGCAGCGACUCAUGCGAGCGCGGCCGGAGGGCAGAUUUGAUAAUGGGCUGCAUUAAAAGUAAAGAAAACAAAAGUCCAGCCAUUAAAUAUAGAACUGAAAACACUCCAGAGCCUGUCAGUACAAGUGUCAGCCAUUAUGGAGCAGAACCUUCAGCAAAGGGAACAUCGGUUAAUUUCAGCAGUCUUUCCAUAACACCGUUUGGAGGAUCUUCAGGGGUGACACCUUUUGGAGGAGCAUCUUCCUCAUUUUCAGUGGUGCCAAGUUCAUAUCCUGCUGGUUUAACAGUGAAACCUCAGACUCAAGGUCUAGCAAAAGAUGCUUGGGAAAUCCCUCGAGAAUCUUUACGACUAGAGGUUAAACUAGGACAAGGAUGUUUUGGUGAAGUAUGGAUGGGAACAUGGAAUGGAACCACAAAAGUAGCAAUCAAAACACUAAAACCAGGUACAAUGAUGCCAGAAGCUUUUCUUCAAGAAGCUCAGAUAAUGAAAAAGUUAAGACAUGACAAACUUGUUCCACUUUAUGCUGUUGUUUCUGAAGAGCCAAUUUACAUUGUCACUGAAUUUAUGUCAAAAGGGAGCUUGUUAGAUUUCCUUAAGGAAGGAGAUGGAAAGUAUUUGAAGCUUCCACAACUAGUCGAUAUGGCUGCUCAGAUUGCUGAUGGCAUGGCAUAUAUCGAAAGAAUGAACUAUAUUCACCGAGAUCUUCGGGCUGCUAAUAUUCUUGUAGGAGAAAAUCUUGUGUGCAAAAUAGCAGAUUUUGGUUUAGCAAGAUUAAUUGAAGACAAUGAAUACACGGCAAGACAAGGUGCAAAAUUCCCAAUCAAAUGGACAGCUCCUGAGGCUGCACUGUAUGGUCGAUUUACAAUAAAGUCUGAUGUAUGGUCAUUUGGAAUUCUGCAAACAGAACUGGUAACAAAGGGCAGAGUGCCAUAUCCAGGCAUGGUAAACCGUGAAGUGCUGGAGCAGGUGGAACGAGGAUACAGGAUGCCCUGCCCUCAGGGCUGCCCAGAAUCCCUCCAUGACUUGAUGAAUCAGUGUUGGAAGAAGGACCCUGAUGAAAGACCGACGUUUGAAUAUAUUCAGUCCUUCUUGGAAGACUACUUCACUGCUACAGAGCCACAAUACCAGCCAGGAGAAAAUUUAUAAUCCAAGUAGCCUAUUUUGUAUGCAGAAAUCUGCCAAAAUGUAAAGAACUUGUGUAGAGUUUCUCACUUAUGUACAGGAAUCAAAAGAAGAAAAUCUUCUUUACUCUGCAUGUUUUUAAUGGUAAACUGGAAUUCCAGCACAAAACCACUUUUUUUCCCCCAAGUGUUAAACUCUAAAGUACCAAUGAUGAAUUUUCCAACUUAUUUCAGGGUCCAAAGAAAAUAGAACUAAGAUACUGAUGACAGUAGGGGCCAUAGCAUGGUAAUGAAGAGCAGCAAGGCUGCUGCUUAAAAAUCAUUUCCCUUCUUUUCUUCCCCAAACUCAGAAUUGUCAAGAGAAAAUUAUUUAUUGUUACAGACAAAACUUGGGAGAUAAAAAGCUAUGCCAUAAUAAAAUCUAAAAUUAAGGAACAUCAUAGGACCAAAUAAUUCCAUUCCAGUUUUUAAACAUUUUUUGCAUUUAUUAUUUUCAAAAGUUUUUCCUUAAACAGUCAGUAUGCAAUCUUAAUAUAUGUGCCUCCUCUUGCAUGGAAAUGGGCCAGGUUUUUCAGAAACAUAAAAGGAAUAUAAACAGCAUCUAAAACUUGAUUAAAUGUUAGACCACAACAGUGGAAUUUGAAAGUAUCAUUGCUAUGUUAUCACUCAUAUUCAUGGAACUAGAAAGUAGAAUAAGAAAAUUUUCAGUUCAGUCAUUUUCUGAAUAGUUCAAUUUAGAAUAA